UGGGCGUGGUGGGGUGAUUGGGCUUGCUGCUGCUGCUGUUGGUGAGGGUAGUGCUGUUGGGGGUUCGGGUAAGACAUGCUGGCGUGGAGGAAAUGUUGAUGAGAGAGUAGUGAGUGGUGCAGAGUGUAGUGAUGGGGAUGCCAAUGUCACCACCGUGUAUGCUUUUAAUAACGAGAGUCGCUAUGAUCAAAUGACCGAGUUUGUCGUCAACUAG